CUCCAUUUCUGUCCUUUUCGGGGCCACUAUAAAUACCGACAAAGGGGGAAGGUGAGGGGAAAAAAAGAAAGAAAAAGGAGAAGAAACGAGAGAGAGCGCGAGAAGAAGAAGGGCCAUGGCCACAUGCAGUCAAGGAAGUACCUUUAAUGUCACACUGCUCAAUUUUCACCCGGAGUUUAGAAAGCUCCGGUGCACUGCAUUGUUUACUCCUUGUAAGACAAAAAGUGGCAGAUUAGAAGCACUGAAUGGGUUGAAAGGAACUCAGAUAUGGCAAGAACCAGUGCGUGCUGCAGGGUUUGAUAAGCAGGCUCAGAGACCCACCAAUUCAUUGGUUGCAAGAUGUCGCCUUUCUUCUGGAACAGAGAACAAUUCAGAAGCAAUCAAGCUUGAAGAAAAUAAAUCUAAAGGAGAACAAAUUAUCCCAGUUUCACUAGAAGUGGAGCCUUUGCUCACAGCAAUCUGUGAUACAACUUCUAUCUCAGAGUUUAAACUGGAUCUUGCAGGCUUUUGCCUUUAUGUCAAAAGGGACUUGGUUGAGAAAAAUGUACCCCCACCUGUUCCAAGCCUCCUUCAAACCAAUACGACAAACCAAACUCCUGAUUCAAAUGGGUCUGCUGCUACAGCUUCCCUAGUCAUCUCCAAACCAAAACCUUCUACAGGUGGCAUCCAGAGAACAGCUUCAGAUGAGGGACUGGUGAUGCUUCCAUCACCAAAGGUUGGGUUCUUUAGGACAUCCUGCACCAUUAAAGGAAGGCGAGCACCUCCAUUAUGUAAAGAGAAGCAAGAAGUCAAGGAAGGCCAGGUUCUCUGUUACAUUGAACAGCUUGGUGGAGAGAUUCCCAUAGAGUCUGAUGUUUCUGGAGAGAUAGUAAAGAUACUAAGAGAAGAUGGCGAACCAGUAGGAUAUGGUGAUGCUCUUAUUGCAAUUCUCCCUUCCUUUUCUGGGAUUAAGAAGCUUCAGUAGGCCGGUCGUUUCUAUAAUUUACUAAGGUUAUCGACUGAAUUAAGGUCUCACGAGGAGUUUUGGAAGCAUAACUUUUAAGUACAUAUACCGUCAUUGGGCUGGUGGCUGGUCAAAAUGGGCCUUGUUGUUUAACAUGUUUUCUGAGAUGGUCUCAAAUAUGGUAUGGACUUUGGAUGCCAGAAACUUCCACAUGAUGCUUGGGUAAGUUCAAUCUGUGGCCAGUGCUGUUCUAUCAUACCUAAUCAUCAGUGGAAUAAAUGCCAUAUAAAGUUCUGCUUGAAGCACCGCCAUCAAGCCAGUGGUUUAAUUGUAAUUGUUGGAGGCAAUCUAAGGCAACUUUGUCUUUAAAUUAGGCCAAAUUCUGAGUAUAACGUUAAUGAGCGUAUUUUUCGGUAUUUAUCAUCCCUGCUGUGAUGGCAGUUCCGCUUGUUAUAACUUGUUAUGACAUGUGCUUGGUAUUCUGCUUCAGCUAUAUGAAGUUGGAAAUUGUCCA